AUGAUUAUGCCACUGCAUUCCAGCCUGGAUGGAGAUUCCAAUGUAGGACGAGAAGGAGGAGGAGAAGAAGAAGAAAAAGAAUCAGAGCGUGCGUCGGGCCGCCGCGAGUGCGCGCGGCGACUCCGGGCACCGACGGCACCGAGCGGAAGGCGCAGUCUCCACGAGGAUCGAGGCGGACCUAGCCGCGACAUGCGUGCCCUCCCCGGCCCGCGGGGGCCCCGCGCGCCCACAUCCGGGCCGCUGCUCCUCCUGUGUCUCCUGGCGGCGGCGCGCCGGAGCUCGGCCGACGGCGACGCGCCAGAUUCACCUUUUACAAGUCUACCUGUCCGAAAAGAAAUGAUGGCAAAGUACUCAAAUCUUUCCUUGGAGAGUCAUAACAUAUCACUGACUGAACAUUCCAGUAUGCCAGUAGAAAAAAACAUCACUUUAGAAAGGCCUUCUAAUAUAAAACUCACAUGCCAGUUUACAACAUCUGGAGAUCUGAAUUCAGUAAAUGUAACUUGGAAAAAAGAUGAUGGACUACUUGAGAAUAAUUACCUUGUCAACGUAUCAGGAAGCAUCCUUUAUACCCAGUACAGGUCCACCAUCAUUAAUAGCAAACAAAUGGGAAGUUAUUCUUGUUUCUUUCAAGAGGAAAAAGAACAAAGGGGAACAUUUAAUUUCAAAG